CUGGAGCGCGCCCAACAUUCCUCAGAAAACACGGACAUUCUAUUCUACAUGAGUAGAACGUCCCUGGUUUCUGAGGAAUUCGCAUUUUCAUUCUACUGUUCGGUAGUGGCAACGGCCUCCUUCGCUCCCUAUCCCCGCCUCCAAGCCCGCCUCUGUUCCCUCCCAGCCCGGCUGCUGGUACCACCUCCUCCUCCUCUUCCUCCGCCUGCUCCUUCUCCUGUCAAAACCGCCCAUCUCAUCCGAGCUGCUGUCAGGCAGCCACCUCUCCUCCUCCCGAGGAGGCCUGAGCAGGUAAACAGCGAUCUACCUGAGAAAGGGAAACCUUCCCCCGCAUUUGGCCUUGGACGCCCCGAGCCUCUUAGGCUUGCAGAGAGGACGAUGAGCGCGGGGCGGGGGCAGCCUUGGGCCUAGUUGGGGUACCCGAAGCACCGGCCUCGCCUGGCCCGUCGCCCCGGAGAAGAGCGUUCCAGGAGGGAACGGGGAGGUGAACCCAGGUGCAAAAUGGGUGAUCCCAGAGACAUUUGUCCUCACCUGGAUUCCAUAGGUGAAGUCACUAAGGAUGAUCUGCUUCUUAAAUCCAAAGGUACUUGCCAGUCUUGUGGAGCAGGGGGACCAAACCUGUGGGCCUGUCUUCAGGUUUCCUGCCCUUAUGUUGGUUGCGGGGAAUCCUUUGCUGACCACAGCACCAUUCAUGCACAGGCCAAAAAGCACAACCUGACGGUAAACCUGACAACGUUCCGGGUAUGGUGCUAUGCCUGUGAGAAGGAGGUUUUCUUGGACCAGCGGUUGUCCUCCCACACACCAGUCCCUCCAUCAAAAUUCAUGGACCAGGAUCCUCCUCCACCCACCCAUUCCCUAAAAGCCGUCCCCAUCGCAGUUGCUGAUGAAGGGGAGUCCGAGUCGGAAGAUGAUGACCUGAAACCAAGAGGCCUUACUGGAAUGAAAAAUCUUGGGAACUCCUGCUACAUGAACGCUGCACUCCAGGCUCUCUCAAACUGCCCCCCACUCACUCAAUUCUUCCUUGAGUGUGGCGGUCUCGUGCGCACUGACAAGAAGCCAGCACUUUGCAAAAGUUACCAUAAGCUGAUUUCCGAAGUGUGGCAUAAGAAGCGCCCAAGUUAUGUCGUCCCCAGCAGCCUGUCACAUGGAAUCAAGUUGGUCAACCCCAUGUUUCGAGGAUACGCACAACAGGACACCCAAGAAUUCCUACGCUGUUUGAUGGAUCAGCUCCACGAAGAGCUGAAGGAGCCAGUCAUGGCCGAGACCCGGGACUCCGACUUGAGCGACAUGGAAGACAAGCGGGAGUGUGACCGCAGCCCCUCGGAGGACGAGUUCCUCUCCUGUGACUCAAGCAGCGACCGGGGCGAAGGGGAUGGGCAGAGCAAAACUGGGAGCUCCCUGGCAGAGGCCGAGCUGCUGAUCCAGGAUGAGGCUGGGCGGGGGAUCUCUGAAAAGGAGCGGAUGAAGGACCGGAAGUUCUCGUGCAGCCACCGGCGGAGCAACUCAGAGCAAGUGGAUGAAGAUGCUGAUGUUGACACCUCUGUGACAGCAGUGGAUGGCAGGCCUUCCCCAGAAGCGCUUCCUCCUUCCACACCUCAUCCAGCCAGCCCCUCUAGGACCCCAGAACCAGACAAUGAUGCCUACACACGCUGCUCCUCUCGGCCCUGCAGCCCCGUUCAUCACGAAGUGCAUUCCAAGCUCUCGAGCAGCCCCCCACGCUCGAGCCCUGUGCGGCUGGGAUCCUCCUAUGUGCUGAAAAAGGCUCAGAUGUUGACUUCCAGCAAGAAGAAGAAGGAGGUCCGUUACCGCAGCGUCAUCUCUGACAUCUUUGACGGCUCCAUCCUCAGCCUGGUCCAGUGCCUCACCUGUGACCGAGUGUCCACCACUGUGGAGACAUUCCAGGACUUGUCGCUUCCCAUCCCUGGGAAGGAGGACUUGGCCAAGCUGCACUCUGCCAUUUACCAGAAUGUGCCAGCCAAGACAGGAGCCUGUGGGGAUAACUAUGCUGCCUCGCAGGGCUGGAUCGCCUUCAUCAUGGAGUAUAUCCGGAGGUUUGUGGUGUCCUGCAUCCCCAGCUGGUUUUGGGGCCCAGUGGUCACCCUGGAGGACUGUCUUGCUGCCUUCUUUGCUGCAGAUGAGCUGAAAGGUGACAACAUGUACAGUUGUGAACGUUGUAAAAAGUUGCGGAAUGGAGUCAAGUACUGCAAAGUUCUCCGGCUCCCUGAGAUCUUGUGCAUUCACCUGAAGCGUUUCCGACAUGAGGUCAUGUACUCCUUCAAAAUCAACAGUCACGUCUCUUUCCCUUUGGAGGGGCUGGACCUCCGGCCUUUCCUGGCCAAGGAGAGCAUCUCGCAGAUCACCACCUAUGACCUCCUCUCUGUGAUUUGCCACCAUGGCACAGCUGGCAGUGGGCACUACAUUGCGUAUUGCCAGAAUGUAAUCAAUGGCCAAUGGUACGAAUUUGAUGAUCAGUACGUCACGGAGGUCCACGAAACAGUUGUACAGAAUGCAGAGGCCUAUGUUUUGUUCUACAGGAAGAGCAGCGAGGAGGCUGUGCGGGAACGGCAGAAAGUGGUCUCGCUGGCGACCAUGAAGGAACCUGGGCUGCUCCAGUUCUACAUCUCUCGGGAGUGGCUCAACAAAUUCAACACCUUUGCGGAGCCAGGCCCCAUCACCAACCAUACCUUCCUCUGCUCCCAUGGAGGCAUCCCUCCAAAUAAAUAUCAUUAUAUCGAUGACCUGGUGGUGAUUCUUCCCCAGAACGUCUGGGAGUAUCUCUACAACAGGUUCGGUGGCGGCCCAGCUGUCAACCACCUCUAUGUGUGUUCAGUGUGCCAGGUGGAGAUCGAAGCCCUGGCCAAGAGGAGGAAGAUCGAAAUCGACACUUUCAUCAAGCUGAACAAGGCCUUCCAGGCUGAAGAGUCUCCUGGAGUCAUCUAUUGCAUAAGCAUGCAGUGGUUCCGCGAGUGGGAGGCGUUCGUCAAAGGAAAGGACAACGAACCGCCUGGACCUAUCGACAACAGCAAGAUUGCUGUGGCAAAAGGCAGUGGUCACAUGCAGGUCAAGCAGGGAGCCGAUUAUGGGCAGAUUUCCGAGGAGACGUGGACUUACUUAAGCACAAUCUACAGCGGAGGCCCCGAGAUUGCCAUCCGGCAGAAUGUGGCCCAGGUGCAGGAGGUGGAGAACAUGCACGGGGAGCAGAAGAUUGAGGCUGAGACCCGGGCGGCCUGAGAGACAAUGGACCACGUGGGGAAGGUACACUGGAGAGGCGCAGGGGCACCCAGAGCCCCUGAGGUUAGGCUCAUGUGGAUAGCUGCUUUACCUUCUGUCGCACCAUUUCCCCAUCUAGACCCAUUACAGUCUACUCCAGGGAUGGGGCAACUGUGCCCCCCCAUCUGUUGAACUACAACUCCCAUCAGCCCCAGCUAGCAUGCUCCAGUGGUCAAUGGAUGAUGGAAGUUAAGAAGCUGCCUUUAGAAUGUUCCUGAAUCCUGAAGAGUUUCUUUAAACAAACCCCUCUGUUCCAAAACCUUUCAACAGUUUUUUUUUAAAAAACCACAUAAAAAGCUGCCUUGUAGUGAGUCAGACCAUUGUUCUAUCUAGCUCCUUAUUGUCUACACUGACUGGCAGGGACUCUCCAGGGGUUUCAGGCAGUAUCUCUUUCCCAGCUGUAUUUGGAGAUACUGCUGUGGAUUGAACCUGGAACCUUCUGCAAGCAAAUCUGGUGCUCUGCACCCCCCCACCAAUAAAGAUUCUAGUCCAAUUGUUCAGCCAGCAUGAAGUAAUUAAGUGGGAAGAUAGAAAGUUUCCUUUAUAUCGAGCCAGACCAUUGGUCCAUUUAGCUCAGUAUGAUCUACAGUGAUUGGCAGCGGCUCUUGGGAAUUUCAGGCAGGGAGUCUAGGAGAGACUUACAUGGAGAAGCUGGGAACUGAACCUGAGACCUGUGUACAAAGCAGGUGCUCUACCACAGAGCUAUUGUAUUUCACCUAAAAAUAAAAGAAAGACCCUA